AUGGGGAAUUUGUUUUCACGCAUUAAAAGCCCUUGCGAGAGUUCGCACGACGAGGAGGACAGUUCCGCACCGGUUGUGGCGGAUGACAUUGUCGUCCAAGUGCAGCCCGAAAGCGAUGCCAGUCACAAAAUCAACCAGGAAACCGUCACCGGAAAUGACCAAGAAGUUGUUGCCAAUGGCAACAGCAAGCCUGCUGACCAGGAUUCACUGUUCGUGAAUGACGAAGGGUCCGUUUAUGAAGUAGAUGCCGCCGGCUACGCGAAAGAGUCCAAUAAUGGAACCCAAAUAAAGCAAGAUGUCCCGGAAGCUGAAAUAUCCGAGAAAUUGGCAGCAAAACCAGAAGACAACCUGCUGGAAGCAGAUUCCAAGCUUCAGAGCUCUGAAAAUAUUCCCUUACCAAAUAUCAAAGAUGAAAUUGCUGAAGUCAUUACAAGUUUUGAUGAUGAAGCAUUUCAGCUUGAAAAUCAGGCAGCUACGAAAAUCCAGGCUCAGUUCAAAGGCCACAAAGCGAGGAAAGAAGUCGAGGAGUUGAAAAGACGCUCCAAUGUUCCGAAAGAAACUGCUGUUGAUUCGGUUGCGGAAGUUGAACCCGCCGGGGAUUCUCAAGACCCAUCCACCACCAAUGAUGCAGAUUAUGUGCUGGAAAACCAAGCAGCCACAAAAAUUCAGGCUCAGUUCAAAGGCUACAAAGCCAGGAAAGAAGUGGAAGAGCUGAGAAAAAAGUCCAGCUUGCAUCAUUCACCACCAGCACCUGUUGCUGAUUCGGAUCGUGUCAUCGAAAAUUCCGAAAUCCUCGACGACUUUUCGGAAGCUGAGAACCAAGCAGCAACGAGAAUUCAAGCCCAGUUCAAGGGGCACAAAGUUCGCAAAGAAAUGCAAGAGGUGAAAGAAAAGGCUGCUGCCGAUCUCCUUGAAAUGGAGAACCAUGCAGCUACGAAAAUUCAAGCCCACUUCAAAGGUCACUUGGCCCGGAAGGAAAUCAACGAAAUCAAGGAAGGCAUCGCUGCUGCCUUGGAGCCCGAAGAACCCGAAAAGCAGGGUUCUCUAGUCGAAAAAGAUAUCGGAAAUCCGACCCCAGAAGAACCAGAACUCAUCAUUCAGGCUUCCUCAGAAAGUCCUUCGUCAAUCGCAAUUGUUGAUGAAAUCAACGCUUUUGACGAAUUCACGGACGAGGAAAAUUUGGCCGCCACGAAAAUUCAAGCUCAUUUCAAGGGUCAUUUGGCACGGAAAAAUUUGCUAGAACUUGAACUCGACAAAAACGUCAUUAUUGAAUCACCAUCGAUAGAAAACGCGGCAGAAUUUACUGAUGAGGAGAAUCAAGCAGCAACAAAAAUUCAAGCUCAUUUCAAGGGUCAUUUGGCGAGGAAAAACUUACUUGGACCUGAACUUGACAAAGAAGUCGUGAUUGAAUCACCAUCGAUAGAAAACGCGGCAGAAUUUACUGAUGAGGAGAAUCAAGCAGCAACAAAAAUUCAAGCUCAUUUCAAGGGUCAUUUGGCGAGGAAAAAUUUACUUGGACCUGAACUUGACAAAGAAGUCGUGAUUGAAUCGCCAUCGACAGAAAAUGUGGAAUUUACUGCUGAGGAGAAUCAGGCCGCAACGAAAAUUCAAGCUCAUUACAAGGGUCACUUGACCCGAAAAAAUCUGUCCCCGAGUCCAAGCAGAUCAGAUCAAAUAAUUGACGCAGGAAAUACCUUUUCGCAUGUGAUGUCAGAAGAAAAGUUUCCUCAGAAUACAAAAGAUAUUGAAAACACUUCUGAAUCGCUAAUGUACGAAGCCACACUUGCUGAAGCCAGGAACCUUGACUCUGAAAAUAUUGAGCCAAAAACGGCCAUUUUCCUUCUGGACGCUCAGGAUCACGCUAGUGAUGUUGAAGUGUCGAAAAGUUUUAUGAUGACUACUGGACCUGCUGGACUUCAGAAUGAUCUGCUCGCUGGAAAUGCCGGUGGAACAGAUUGCAAAACUGACCUUGCUUCCAAUUGCAUGGAUUCAGGAGUUGGUUUCGAAGGUCAAGAAUUCGCAGCGUUGGAAAAUCUACCCGAGGCGGAGGAAGCAGCCACGAAAAUCCAAGCCCGCUACCGUGGCUACAAGACCCGCAAAAAUCUUCAACACGGCCAGCACAGCAGUCGUCACCAAACCCACAAUAACAAGCACCGGCAUAACCUGCAUUGUGAGGACGACACUUCUUUGGACUUUGAGAUUGAACAGGCAGCCGUCAAGAUUCAGGCAGGCAUGCGAGGUUAUUUGACGCGCAAACGGCUCAAGGGCGGAAGGGUCAAAAGUGCUGGUGAUGGCAAACGCAGGGUUUCCCUGGGUGCUCAAGACAGGGCUGCAGCCAAGAUUCAAGCCGGUGUUCGUGGGUACAUGACUCGAAAGCGGAUCCGAAAAGAGCGGGAAGUUCAUUCCGGCGGGCAUCAGAAAAGAGCGGCUGCCGGAAGCCAAAAUGAUUCCGGUCCGAUGAAUUCGCUGAAUGUCGAUGAGGCUUCCAGCAACAGCAGGGAUGCAGAAGAAUUAGCAGCAGCGAAAAUUCAAGCCGGUGUGCGAGGACAUCUCACUCGCAAACGCUUGAAGCAACAGCGCCAGCAUCAACGAAAGAGUCACGGCGCCGUCAGCAGUGUCGAUUGCAUCGACGGGACUACUGACGAUGAUUUUGAAAGCCGUCACGCGGCCACAAAAAUCCAGGCUCAGAUUCGAGGAUAUCUGACGCGAAAGCAGCUCAAAGCCCUAGCAACCGAGGCUGAAUCCGAUCAACUCGCAAAAGAUCCUUCCAACAAUAAUGAAAAGGAUUUAUUGAUCGCCGAUGAUGGCGACUUUCAUUCCGGAAAUUCAUCUGCUGUGGUCGAUGGAAAUAGAAAGCCGAUGCGCGAGGCGUCCAUUAUCCGGGGUACUCCAGUAUACCUAGCUUUUUUCUGUCUUUCUUUUGCUCGUGGCCUUUCCUCUCUGCUUCUUCCCGUGCUUGUACAAAAUAAACUCGUAGCCUCUGCUGCUUGCCGGAUGCAUGCGAAACAACCGCCUUCCGCUUCCCCACUGUCGUCGUCGACAUCGUCAUCCUUUUGUACGGAUGACGCUGACGACUCGGAAGCCGUCGACGUUGACGUGGACUUUUACGUGAGCUUCCGCGUCACCAUGACGGCCGCCGUCACGAAACGCCGCCCUACUCCUGCUUUCCACCGCCCGACAGGCACCGUGGGAACCGACGCCGACGCCGACACCGCCGCCACCAAGAUCCAGAGCCGCUAUCGGGGCUACCAAACGCGGAAACGCGUGUCUGAGCAGCAACGCCAGCAUCGACAGGCCGCCACGAAAAUCCAGGCCCAUUACAGGGGCUACAGAACCCGGAAGAACAUGCUCAAUAAGGAUCAGGCGUCGGAGCCGGUGUCAUCGAACGUCGACGACGUCGAGCGGACUCCGGAUCCCGUCGAGAUCAACACGGAUGAUGGGAGGUUGACCGGAGCAACGAUGCCACGGGAAGAUUCAGGACAGCAAUUUGAUCAGGCAAUCAAUGAAAGAACCUCGUCACCAGUGGCAUCAGAUGCCAAUACUGGGGUCGUCGACGUCGACACCGACCAAGGCAAUGACGAAGAAGCCGCUGCUGCUGCAAUAAAAAUCCAGUCCCAUUACCGGGGGUUUAAAACACGCAAAGAAUUAUCCAACAAUUCAGCAACUCCAAUAAUAGAAGCCCCCGAAACAUCGGCUGAUGGAAAUUCUGCAUGAGUUAUUUUUAGCUAAUAAUAAUAUUGGCUUCCGAAAAUGUUUGUGCGUCGUAUGAUGUGAGUGCAGUUGUUUUUUUUUUUUGCGAGGGAAAAUUCUUUUUCNAGCUUUCC